UGUGGCUUGAUUUCAAGUCGACAUGUGGUUGCUGCCACGGAACAAAGAGCUCCCAGUUCUCUUAAAAAGUCCGCAUUCCACUCGCGACUCGAGGUAUGCUAACAGGUGUACUCUUUCUACUUGUGAAGCAACGCUUAAAAUUGCGUUUGCCUCUACCUUUUUGUAGUGGAGAACCUCGGAAGCUAUGAUUUUCGAGGACUGUUCCAAGAAGAAUAUGAGUUCCAUAUCCUCCACUAUGAAGCAAAUGGCCUCAGUUGCUCAGUACACAAGGAUUAGCAUAACGGGCACGCCCUAUACUUUCGUCGCUUAAAAGCUUGAGGUUCGAGGAGAGUGCCAAAGUGAUGAAUCUAUGAAGAAAGAGGCUAAUUGAGCAGCAACCCACACCAAUGGCGGCGACCAAAUUGUGGCUUCCAGCUCCAGCUCCAGCUUUCGGAUUCUUCUACUCAUCACUGCGACAGAGAAGAAAUGUCUUCAUCAUGCGAGCAGCCGAUGGGAAGGUUCGAAAUGCAAAGCUUGCUGCGAAGCGGUGUUUGACGGUCCCGUUCCAAGAUUCGUCCAGGCUCAAUCAGUUUCUCUCGGAGCCCGCUGGAAUGCAAAUACUCAUCAACACUAAUGCUUUACAAAGCUAUCAGAAACUCGACGACACCACCUACAGAUGCUGCUUGCCAAAGCUCGACAUUCUCAAGUUCGAGGUUGCUCCGAUCGUGGAUUUGUCCAUCGACGUUAAGGACGACGAGUGCUUGGUUAAGCUUCUCUCUUGCAAAUUUGAAGGCUCGGAGCUUGUUGAGAAGCAGAACCAGCAUUUCUCAGCUUCGAUGAUCAACCAUUUAACUUGGGGCUUGGAAAAGCAGCUGAAUGUCAAUGUAGAGCUUAAUGUGUCUCUCGAGGUGUAUACGCUGCCCUUCACGCUUCUUCCAUUGCAAGCCGUGGAAACUCCCGGUAGCAUAGUUCUUCAGGCCAUGGUGGACAGACUUGUUCCCAUUUUCCUGGACCAACUUUUCGAUGGUUACAGGAAAUGGUGCUUGCAAGAGGUUCUCCAGCCCGAGCCAAGCCAAUAACAAAGAAAGAAUCGUUCCACCAAAACAAAAGAUAAUAAAAGGUGAUGCUCUUUGGUGAAUGUAGUGAUAUUCCAUUGAGCUCUGCAUUUCUCGGGAAUCAUGUCUUAGAUCUGGAGAGAGCAGUGGUGCGAAUCUCCAGCCAGGAGAGCUACCCAAUUGCGUCCGAUUACGCCCCUCUCCUCCACGAGGCCAGGUCCGUCUUCGACAAGACGGAGAGGAAUCUCUUCUUGUCUCGCGCUUGCAGUGUACAGGGAGAUGCUCCCCAGAUCCAUCCAGCCGAUCGACAGCACCACGUCUGCUCGGCGCUGGGCGGAUUGCCAUGUACUCCAUAAGCUCAAGAGUGCUUUCUUUGCAAA